AGGUGCUAGUGAACACUGCCUGCUGUUUCCUGAUGUUGGUUGCUAAGCUAAUCCAGUGUAUGGUGUUCGGUCCUCUUCGUGUCAGUGAGAGGCAGCAUCUCAAGGAUAAAUUCUGGAAUUUCAUUUUCUACAAGUUCAUCUUCAUUUUUGGUGUGCUGAAUGUUCAGACGGUGGAAGAAGUGGUGAUGUGGUGCCUCUGGUUCUCUGGACUUGUAUUUCUUCAUCUUAUGGUUCAGCUCUGCAAGGAUCGCUUUGAAUAUCUUUCCUUUUCUCCUACCACACCCAUGAGCAGCCACGUCAGAGUCCUGACCCUGCUCAUAGCCAUGCUCCUGUCCUGCUGUGGAUUAGCAGUUGUCUGUGGUAUUAUUGGCUACACCCAUGGCAUGCACACGUUGGCUUUCAUGGCAGCAGAGUCUCUGCUUGUGACAGUCAGAACUGCUCAUGUGAUUUUACGCUAUGUAAUUCAUCUCUGGGAUCUCAACCAUGAAGGAACGUGGGAGGGCAAAGGCACUUACGUCUACUACACAGAUUUUGUCAUGGAGCUAACCUUGCUUUCACUGGACUUGAUGCAUCAUAUUCAUAUGCUGCUGUUUGGCAAUAUCUGGUUGUCAAUGGCGAGCCUGGUGAUUUUUAUGCAGCUGCGCUACCUGUUUCACGAGGUUCAACGAAGAAUUCGGCGGCACAAGAACUACCUGCGUGUGGUUGGAAACAUGGAAGCUAGGUUUGCAGUUGCAACACCAGAGGAGCUAGCAGUCAAUAAUGACGACUGUGCCAUUUGCUGGGACUCCAUGCAAUCCGCACGUAAACUCCCUUGCGGCCAUCUCUUCCACAACUCAUGCCUGCGGUCCUGGCUGGAACAAGAUACAUCUUGCCCCACCUGCAGAAUGUCUCUUAAUAUCACUGACAGCCAUCAUGUGAGGGAGGAUCACCAAAGGGAAAAUCUGGAUGAGAACCUGGUCCCCGUGGCAGUAGCAGAAGGCAGACCACGCUUGAACCAGCACAAUCACUUCUUCCACUUUGACGGCUCUCGAAUUGCCAGCUGGCUGCCCAGUUUUUCAGUAGAAGUGAUGCAUACUACAAACAUCCUCGGUAUCACACAAGCCAGCAACUCCCAGCUUAAUGCUAUGGCCCAUCAGAUUCAGGAGAUGUUCCCUCAGGUUCCUUAUCAUUUAGUUCUACAGGAUCUGCAGCUAACCCGUUCUGUAGAGAUCACCACUGACAACAUCUUAGAAGGGCGCAUCCAGGUACCUUUCCCCACGCAGCGUGCAGAUAGCAUUAGACCUGCAUUGAACAGUUCUGUGGAACGGCACAGUACUGAUCAGGAGGAUACUGAAACUGUCACCCAGACUGAGAGAGUGCCACUUGAACUCAACUCAAGACUGGAAGAAACGGUGGAAUUCAGCGAAAUGGAAGCAGAGCCUAGUGAAGCAGAAGAUUUUGAGGCCAGGGGAAGUCGCUUUUCAAAGUCAGCUGAUGAAAGGCAGCGUAUGUUGGUUCAGCGGAAGGAGGACUUGUUGCAGCAAGCUCGAAAGCGUUAUUUAAACAAAACCUCCGAUGAGGAGUUGACCACAGAGAAGCCCUCUCCUCCGCCUGAGGGAGCAUCCGCCGAUCCCGUCACCCUGCGUCGCAGGACACUCGCUGCCGCCGCCGAACGGAGACUUCAGAUGCAGCAAAACUCUUAGCGCUCGUUGCCCCUCCUUCCUCCUCCUCGUGAGCAAUGUUGAAUAAAUCAAUUAAAUACAAA